ACCUACAGCUAGAAGUUUUUCAGACACAGCUGACAAAAAAAUAGAAUGCCUCGCAGAGGAAGGGGAAGGGGCUCAGGGAAGGGUCAUUGGAGAGGAAGAGGUCGAGGGAGGCCAGGUCAUUCCCCUUUUGGAGCCCCUAAUGAGGAUCCAGAUGAAAUAUUUACAGAAGUCCUAGAAGCUCAGGGUGAGAUGAGUCAGACAGAUGACCCCUCAUUAGAAGGGGAGACAGCAGGGGAACUAGAGGCGAGUAUGGAGAAGGAAGGAAGCCAUGAAGAGCAUGGGGACCCAGAAGGGGUUUUCUUUAAAGAAGAGGAUGUGGGGAUCACGGAAUACAUUGGUUCAUCUCCUGGGUUUAAUGCCAUAAUUAAACAAAGGUAUUCAGACUUCAUAGUGAAUGAAAUUGAUGAGGAAGGAAAGAUAGUGAAACUGACCAGCUUAGAGGUGGACCAAUCCCUGAUACAGGCUGAGGAGGAUUUAGAGGGAGUUCUUUCCCCUGAACAGAAAGAAAUUCUGGACAACUUCAAUGCAAACCCAGUACAUGAGAGAACAGUUGAUAUUGCUGCUCCAGAGGAUAAAGAAAUGAGAGUAAAAAUCCACCAGAUUGUAAAAAAGAACUACAAAAAGCUACAAUCCGAUACUUUAUUUGAGGAUGAUGUUAGAUUUAUACAAAUCACUGCCAAAGGUUCAAGGGGAGGAAGUGCUGGUCAAUAUUUUCGACAGAAUUAUAUGCAAAAUCCAUGGCCCCCUGGGUGUGGGAACUACUGUCGAUUUGUCCUGUACAAAGAAAACAUGGACACAAUGGAGGCCAUUAACAGAAUGACUAAGCUUUUUCAUAUUAAUAAAAACUUGUUCCAAUUUGCUGGCACCAAAGACAAGAGAGCAAUUACAUCACAAGAAAUGACUGCGUACAGGGUCAGAGCUGAGAAACUAGCUGGAGGAAAUCGGAACCUUUACAAGAUGGCUCUUGGCAACUUCAGAUAUGUUGAUCAGCCCUUGAAAUUGGGUCAACUUGGAGGCAACAGAUUCACUAUUGUACUGAGGAAUGUAACUGGGAAUGAGGAGACAGUGCAGACUGCCCUGGAAUCACUGAAGACUAACGGAUUCAUUAAUUACUUUGGGAUGCAAAGAUUCGGCACUACCACCAUUCCUACAUACAGGGUGGGAAAGGAGUUACUGAAAGGCAAUUACAAGGAAGCAGGAGAACUCAUAUUACAGCCUAGACCAGGAGAGAAAGAGUUUAUUUCUGAGUGUAGAAAGAGUUGGUGGAAGGAUAAAAACUGUGUACAGAUGUUGAAAACAUUACCACGAAAAUACGCAAUAGAAAGAUCACUACUAGAGGGCCUCAUUAAAUUCGGAGAAAAUAACUACGCCAAUGCCUUCCAAAUGGUUCACAGAAAUACCCGAAUGUUAUAUCUUCAUGGUUACCAAAGUUAUAUAUGGAACCAUGUAGCUUCACGUCGUCUGAAGGAGUUUGGCAUGGUGCCAGUAGUUGGUGACUUAGUUUAUAAAGGUGACUUAAAGGAUGUGGCCUUUAAAGAGGAAAACCAGGAGUCCUCUACUAAUGGUGAAAACACCAGUUCUAGAGUGACUCCUACCAUAGUGACAACAGAAAACUUAUCUCAGUACACCAUACAAGAUGUUCUACUGCCCUUACCAGGGUUUGAUAUCAAAUACCCAGACAAUGAAGUGGGUAAAUGGUAUUCUGAUCUCUUGGAAGCCGAUGGACUGACAAUGGAAGGACUUAAACACUCCAAUAAGCAGUAUGCAUUACCAGGUGCUUACAGAAGAUUACUUCUAGUUCCAAGUGAUUUGAACUGGAAAAUGUACAAAUACACAGAUGUUACCAAGGAGCUGACCUUGAGUGACCUUGACCUCAUUAAACAAAAACCAGAGCCUGUUUCAGAACCAGAUGGUACUGCAAAUGCAUUGAAAAUCCAAAUGUCUCUUCCACAAUCCUGUUACGCUACCAUGGCACUUCGUGAAGUUCUAAAAAUAGACACUUCAGCCGCAUACCAGUCUUCGCUGAAUCAUGGCAGAAGGCCCAAUCACACACCAACGGCUGCUAAGGAGAUGCCGAGUAAACAAAAGGAAAAUCCUUCUCAGUGACGUUGUGAAAUCCAGUAUUUUUCUGUUAAAAUGUCUACUUUCUUCCUGUGCAGAACUUUAUAGUCUUGAUGGAUCAUUAUGAGAUAUUUAUCAAACAGGUUAAUGUUGGCAAAUUGAGAGAAAAUUUGGCCUUGUGAAAAGUAAAAUUUGUCACCAAUAAAUUUCACAAUUCCAAAUAAAAAUAGAAAAUAAAUUACAUGAUAUAAAUUGUAUAUUAAUUGGCACCUGAAUUGACUUAUGUACAACUGUGUUAUGUGAAUAAGGACAUUUAGUUCAAUUCGGUUUAAAAAUGAAGGCACACAUUACUAUGUACCAGUAAAAAAAUGUGUGAUAACCUUGUAGUGUAGGCCUCAGUUCAAAAGAAAUUUAAAAACAGAAUGAUAAAUGGCUUAAUGGCUUAAUAUGUACAUUACAGGACUUACUCUUCAUACUUUGUUCAUGAUGAUUAACCUAAUCUGUACAAUGUUAAUAUGAUGUCCAGAGCUCACAAAUUUGUGUAUUUAUCUCUUAAUUAAUAUUUACUUUCAUUAAAAUAGAUGUACAUGUA